AGACCUUCGAGCUUGAGAGUUCAGUUCGCACGGCCAUCCUUUCUCAAAUCCUAAUAUUUGGCAGAGCACUGCCAGCCGGCCGCCGCCGCCGCAGGCGCAAUGGAGAACGGCGCCGCCCCCGCCCCCGCCGCCGCCGCCGCCGCCGCCGCGUGGAACUUUGAGCCGAACGGCACGCUCCUCGGCCUGAGGGCGCUGUCCGUGCGCGCCGUGCUGGACAGGGUCAAGGCCGGGAUGAUGGCCGGGGACGGCGGCGGCUGCAGGGAGGUGAUCCCGAUGGGGCACGGCGACCCGUCGGCGUUCCCGUGCUUCCGCACGACGCCCGACGCCGUGGACGCCGUCGCCGCCGCGCUCCGCUCCGGGGAGCUCAACUCCUACUCCCCCGGCGCCGGCCUCGAGCCCGCACGGAGGUCCAUUGCCCGGUACUUAUCAACCGACUUGCCAUAUGAGCUCUCAGCUGACGAUGUUUACCUGACAAGUGGCUGUUCUCAGGCAAUUGAGAUCAUCUGCUCUGUCCUAGCUCGCCCUGGUGCCAACAUCCUGUGCCCAAGGCCGGGCUAUCUGUUCCAUGAGGCGCGCGCCGUGUUCAAUGGGAUGGAUGUCAGGUACUUCGAUCUUCUCCCAGAGAGUGGAUGGGAGGUUGAUCUUGAUGGAGUGCAGGCUAUUGCUGACAAGAACACGGUUGCAAUGGUUAUUAUCAAUCCAGGAAAUCCCUGUGGCAAUGUCUACAGCUAUGAGCAUUUGGCCAAGGUUGCUGAUAUUGCGAGAAAGCUUGGCAUCUUUGUUGUUGCGGAUGAAGUGUAUGCGCAUUUGACAUUCGGGCAGAAUAAGUUUGUGCCAAUGGGCGUGUUUGGUUCAGUAGCUCCAGUUCUUACAUUAGGAUCGAUAUCGAAGAGAUGGGUUGUGCCUGGAUGGAGACUUGGAUGGAUUGUGACAAGUGAUCCUAACGGCGUAUUUCGAAAGACCAAGCUAGUGGAAAGCCUCAAGAGUUACCUUGAUAUCUCGGCUGAUCCUGCAACAUUUAUCCAGGGAGCAAUUCCACAACUCAUAGAGAAUACAAAGGAAGAAUUCUUCGAAAAAACGGUUGACGUCCUCAGGCAGACCAUAGAUUUAUGUUGGGAGAAGCUGAAGGGCAUCAAUUGCAUCACUUGCCCAAGCAAACCUGAGGGUUCCAUGUUUGUAAUGGUGAAACUGGACCUGUCCUGCCUGCAAGGCAUCAAAGAUGACAUGGACUUCUGCUGUCAGCUGGCGAAGGAAGAAUUUGUAGUUCUUUUGCCAGGGUGUGCUUUGGGAUACAAGAAUUGGCUGCGGAUCACCUUCGCCAUAGAACCAUCUUCUCUUGAAGAUGGUAUAGAUAGGCUCAAGUCCUUCUGCUUGAGACACAGCAAGUAGAAAGUUCACCAGUCCCUUGAAAGUUGAAGCAUGAGGUGCCUGCUUUCCAAGUUCCAACAAGGUCAGCAGGAGCUACUUGAAGGAUCCAAAACUGUUAUCAACUUACCAUGGUAUAUGUUGUUCUAUCAUUUUCACUCUAAGAUAUGCUUGAUGCACUUCGUCUUUCCUAGGCUGAAGCUAUCUUCUCUUAGUCAUUAUGUGGUGUUACAAUUCUUGUUGUAAUUCCCAAUUACUGCCUACAGUAAGUAGGUGUAUGCUUUAGGGUGUCUGAACUCUGAAGUGUAGAACACUGUUCUUGAAUAAAGAAGCAAUUAUCUGAACAA